AUGAGUCCCGAACAACCCCGUGCCGAUCCGAAUCCGUUCGGAGGAAUAUGGAGCUGGUCCUGCGCACCCUUCGCAUCACGUGCCAAGGAAUUGGUACCGAGAAGGAAAAGGACGCCUCGGCCUUCGCCACGAAAUCUGUACCCAUCGCACCCCCAACAUUGUGUGCUCAACCGGAAUUGGCCUGUUGACGAUAUUGUCAUGAAAGAUCGCGAAUCGGACAGCGAAGGAGAAACCGCUGCCCCCGCAAGCAACCACGCUCCCGAGGCGAUAACGGCGACGCCACCAGCGCCCUACGGCAGCGAUGACGUACCUAGUUCGUAUCAACACAGUAGUCGUCUAGCACAUAGAGGCGUAUCCACGCCUUCGACAUCAAGCUCCAGAGAUUCGUCCAAAUUUGCGAAAGAAAUAUCGGUGUCCCGAACCCCGACGAAUUUCCACGAACAAACGAUUCCUAUACAUUCUACAUCUCUCAACACUCUUGAAGACGACGACGACAACGAUGAGACUUCGUCCACGAGAAGUUCGUCUUCUCGUCGUUACGAUUGGCGGGUCUUCCGUCCCCGAGACGGCGGAUGGGUGCACUUUCUGCGAUGGUUUGUGGUGGGCGGCGCCUCGUACGCCAAGAAAACAGACGACAAGUUACAAGAAGAUUUAGGCAAACUCGCGCGUUGUUUAAUCCUUCUCCGCGAGUAUCUCUCCACCUUUGGUAUGCCCGCCAAGGGGGGACCAAUGGAUCAAGAGGUUGUCCUCCGGCAGGUACUGCGAGAUUUGUACGCUGGCGGGGCGCCGUUGUGGGCUGUCGAACCCGUCAUGCAAAAGGCAGCGGAAGGCUUAACCGGCACUCCCGGGAUUAACUGGUUCCUUUUACCCCGCAAGGCCUUUUAUAGCUCCACAUCCACUAUCACAUCUACCAUGUUCACCAUCGAACGGGGGUUCAACGUGCAAAAGCUGGGGGCCAUGGAAAAGGUAGCCAUUCGACUGGCCUCGUUCGCGAGCAACACUAAGGGUGUAAGUAACAUUCCGGAACGCUUUCCGGAACCGAGUGAACUACAGAAGGCGGCUCGGAUGGAAUCAGUGCGCUUUGACGAGUCCUUUCGAACGGGUGGGACCGUCCUGAAGAGUCAGGAUCCCAGCGUGGUGGCUAAAAAGAUACUCAGACUAGCCUCACAUGCGGAAGGACUGUUUUACUUUGUCAAUGCUCGGGAAUAUUCCGAAAUGCCGGGGCAACGGAUGAAUGAUUUUUGGGUAGUAACGGAACAGGAACGAGAGCUCUUCAGCCGAUUGGCAACCAUCGAAGCGAUGCAGAUGAUUAAAGAGAUCGACGCCAAUUGCGGAAAAGAAACGUAUUCAUACUGGACAAUUUCACUUUUUCGAGUAAUGGCUUCCGCUGGAGCUUGUGCCUUUUGGUUUGGUGGCUCGUGGGUAGACAUGGCCGUAUCUGGAGUGUUGGCGCUGGUAGUUGCCUUCAUUGGACAGUCAAAAUUUCUAUCACAGCAAGAACGACUGGUAUUUGAAAUUGUUGCAAGUUUCGUAGUGGGCAUUACAGCGGGAACUAUUGCUUUGAAAUGGCCGGACGAUACUUGUUUUGGAGCCAUGGCAAUUGCCGGUGUUCUGGACCUUCUGCAAGGUUUCCGCGUAGUCUACGCGGUCAUUGAAAUCAUGAGCAAGCAAACCGUUUCUGGGGGCGCCGAUUUGAUGGAGGGUAUUCUCUUUACUGGAUUAAUUUCGUCAUCCCUUCGAUUCGGGCAGUAUACGGCGGCAUCUGUCUUCUCUGACACAGCGGAUAAUAUUGGCUUUGCAGCUUGCGAGCAUGGUAUCGAUCAGCGCUGGUUCAUUUUAAUUGUCCCAAUAGCUGCAGUCUCUUGGUCGGGACUCUUCAAUCCGAGGUAUCACGAUCUUCCAAUGAUGGCUUUCCAUGGUUCGUUGGCAUACUUGGUGAACUUUGGACUAGCCCAGUUCAACGCAGCCGAUAACUUGAAUAAUUUCGUAUCGUCCUUUGCGGUUUCCUUCUCCGCCGGAAUUUUUUCUCGUUUUACUGGUCAUCAAGCCGUUGGAAACACAGUCGCCGGAAUGUACGCUUUAGUGCCUGGAGCAUAUCUCGUAACUUCGUUGUUUUCUACCGACACUUUGGAUACUAGUUUCUUUGUUGAAAUCAUUCAGCGUUCACUCAUUAUUGGUAUUGGUGCCUGGUCUGGAACAAUUCUCUGUUCGCCUGCACUCCUUGGAACGACGAUGGGUCUCAUUUCGCAGCAGCACCGGGAUCAUAAUAGGCGAGGCUCCUCGACGACAGGAAAUGCCAUGCUUUUCUUCUAG